ACGUCCGUCCGUCAGUCAGCCGUCGCGUGAAUAUAACAUAAUACUUUAUCGUCAUCGUCGUCGUCAAACGGUUUGAAUAAAAAAAAAAAAAAAAAACGAAUACUGAAUAGGCAGGUAGAGGUAGGUCGAGUUUAUUACUUUAUAGUUUCGAUGUGUGCCUCGUCGGCGUUCGGUAUGUCGUUCGUGCAAUCGGUGUCGAAGACUGUCGUGCCCGAUGAAUAAUAUAAUAUUAUUAUUAUUAUUAUUUGAUUUACGAAAUCCAAGAAUGUGAUUUACAUAAAUUAUUCGAAUGACUGUUGCUAUAGUGCAUGUACACCGUCCAGUUUGCGUUCUGCCGCUGUCGCGUGUGCGAUGUCGGAGGUGUCGUAGUCGGUCGGUUAAUAAUAUUAUUAUUGUUUGUUCAAUGUUAUUGUAAUCUUUGAACCCACGUAAAUUCGUCCGUUAUCGUUGCUCCCGACUCUUCAGUUUUUUUCCUUCCGUCGACGUUUUUAAGCCCCUACGGCCUACCUAUACUACUGUAUAAUCGUGUCCUAAACCCAGAGAACAUUCAACGACCGACCGCGUGUGGAAACACUGGUGGCUCAGGCAUGGAUACCGUCAAGGAAUGCGUAAAGGAUUGCGUUGACUACUUUAAAGACCCCGAACUGGUCGCCCGUUUUCAAAGGUCUUUUGGAGUGGUGCGGUAUGGCUCGUCGGACAACGGUGUUACCGUUCCGUCGCUGGACAAUGGUGAGUCCAAGACCAGCAAUGGCAAUGCGUUGCGCAAGUCAAACGACGUCAAUCACACCAUCACUAACAAGUUUUGGUAUUACUUGUUUUUGUUUGGCACGUACCUCGGUGACGAAAUCGGAUAUGCCAUCGUCAUACCAUUCCUGAUAUGGAACAUAGACUCGGCUGUUGCUAGGAAAAUGGUCCUCGUCUGGGCUGCUGUUAUGUACAUUGGUCAAUCCAUUAAAGACAUAGUACAGUGGCCGAGACCGGAAUGUCCUCCAGUUAUUAGACUACAAACUAAAUGGUCUAUUGAAUAUGGAAUGCCUUCGACCCAUGCUAUGAUUAGUAUUGCAUUACCAUUUUCUGUUUUAUAUUUCAUUUCAAAUCGAUAUCAAAUCAACUUCAGCAUUGGUAUCAUAGUAGUAUUUCUAUGGUGCAUGUUAAUUUCGCUUAGUCGUUUGUAUUUAGGCAUGCACACAGUUUUGGAUGUGAUUGCUGGCCUGCUAUUAGCUACUAUUUUGUUGAUUCCAUUUGUACCAUUGGCUGAUGUUUUAGACCGUUAUCUUAUGUAUAAUGAAUGGACACCAUUGAUACUUAUUGUUGUUACUGUGUGCUUAGUAAUAAUUUACCCAACUAGUGAUCAGUGGACGCCUACCAAGGGUGAUACAACUAUAAUUUUAGGAACUUUUGCAGGUAUACUGACUGGAGGUUGGUUGAUAAUCACAUUAGAUAUUCAAGACGAUUAUCGUGUUAUGAACCCAAUGAAUAAUCCAAUCAGUUGGCCUUCAAUUUAUGAUUUAGGUUUGAUUGUGAUCAGAAGUGGUUUGGGCUAUUGUUGCAUAGUCUUGUUAUUUUUAAUUAUUAAGUACAUUCUGUGUGUUGUAGAUAAAAUAUUAAUUAAAAGUGGUAUGAGAAUAUUUGAUGAUGCACUGAAUAGGCAUAUUCCUCUAUUAGAUAUUACUUACAAGUAUUUGACAUUUUACUUGGUAUCUUUCAAUAUUAUGGUUUUGAUACCAAUGUUGCAAAAAUUAUUAUCUAUGUCAAGACAGUCAUUUUACCAUGAAGCUAAGUAGUCAAUUAAAAUUGUUAAUUAAAUUUUAUAUUAUGGCCUGUUACCACCUGAUAUAUGUAAAUUACAUACAUGUAUGCUUUAAUAUAUGUUCUGUAAUAAUACUUAAA